AUGUUGAAAAAGGACAUCGAGGUGUACUGUGAUAGCGUUAUAACAACUAAAAACGUGACAAAUAUUAUAGACGACACUAGUCAUUCAUACUCAGUAGGGAUUACUGAGGACAGCCUGUGGACGUUAUUAACUGGAUACACAAAGAAGGAGUCAACUAUCGGGAAUUCAGCAUUUGAACUACUUCUUGAAGUUGCCAAAGCUGGAGAAAAGGGGAUCAAUACUAUGGAUCUUGCACAGAUAACUGGCCAAGAUCCAAGAAGUGUAACAGGACGUAUCAAGAAAAUAUGCCAUCUCUUAACGAGCUCGCAACUGAUUUACAAAGGACACGUCGUGAAGCUGUUAAAGCUAAAAAAAUUUAGCCAUGACGGGAUAGAUAGUAAUCCCUAUAUUAACAUUAGGGAUCAUUUGGCAACAAUCGUUGAGGUGGUAAAACGAUCGAAAAAUGGUAUUCGCCAGAUAAUUGAUUUGAAGCGUGAACUGAAAUUUGACAAAGAGAAAAGGCUCUCAAAAGCUUUUAUUGCAGCGAUUGCAUGGUUGGAUGAAAAAGAGUACUUAAAGAAAGUGCUUGUAGUAUCACCCAAGAAUCCUGCCAUUAAAAUUAGAUGCGUGAAAUAUGUGAAAGACAUUCCAGACUCUAAAUGCUCGCCUUCAUUUGAGUAUGAUAGUAAUAGUGCGGAUGAGGAUUCUGUAUCAGAUAGUAAGGCAGGUUUGGAAGAUGAUGACUCAGUCGAUGGUUUAGAUAAUUUCAAUGCAACUGAUCUAUUACAAAAUCAAGGUCUCGUUAUGGAAGACAAGGAGAAUGCCGUAAAGAAUGAAGUCCUUCUUAAUCGAUUCUAUCCACUACAAAAUCAGACUUAUGACAUUGCAGAUAAGUCCGGCCUUAAAGGAAUAUCAACUAUGGAUGUUGUCAAUCGAAUUACCGGAAAAGAAUUUCAGCGAGCUUUUACCAAAUCAAGUGAGUACUAUUUAGAAAGUCUGGAUAGGCAAAAAGACAAUACAGGAGGUUAUAGGCUUUUCCGCAUAUAUGAUUUUGAGGGAAAAAAGAAGUUCUUUAGGUUGUUCACGGCUCAGAACUUUCAAAAGUUAACAAAUGCGGAAGACGAAAUAUCUGUUCCAAAAGGAUUUGACGAACCAGGCAAAUCUCAUACUGAUUUGAAAACUCUUAACGAGGAUAAUUUUGUCGCACUCAACAAUACCGUUAGAUUUACAAGGGAUAGAGAUGGGCAAGAUAUAUUCUUCUGGCACGGUGACUUGAAAAUUCCUCCAAACUCCAAAAAAACUCCGAAUAAAAACAAGCGGAAGAGGCAGGUUAAAAACACAACUGAUGCUUCUGUUAAGGGAAACGUUUCGACUCCCAAAAGGAUUAAGCUCGAGCAACAUGGCGGUGCCACGCAAGAGUCAAAAGCCACUGAAGAUAGUCCAAGUUCGAAUAGAGGUACCGUUAUCAAAGGCAAGGUGGUUAACUUCGGCGGCUUUUCUGCUCGCUCUUUACGUUCGCUACAGAGACAGCGAGCCAUUUUGAAAGUUAUGAAUACGAUUGGUGGGGUAGCAUAUCUGAGGGAACAAUUUUAUGAAAGCGUUUCCAAAUGUAUGGGCUCUGUAACGACAUUGGAUAAAAAGACUGUCCGCGGGGAUGUUAACUUGAUGGUAGAAAGCGAAAAAUUAGGAGCAAGAACAGAGCCUGUAUCAGGAAGAAAAAUCAUUUUUCUGCCCACCAUUGGGGAGGACGCUAUCCAAAGCUACAUCUUGAAAGAAAAAGAUAGUAAAAAAGCAACCUUUACUGAUGUAAUACACGAUACGGAAAUAUUCUUUUUUGAUCAAACGGAGAAAAAUAGAUUUCAUAGAGGAAAGAAGUCAGUUGAAAGAAUUCGUAAGUUUCAGAACCGCCAAAAGAAUGCAAAGCCUAAAGCUUCAGAUGGGGCUACCUCUAAGAAGAGUAUGUCAGUCAAUGUAUCAGACGGAAAGAUCAAAAACAGAGACAAAAAAUUGUCUGCCAGCAGGACACCAGCGGUUGUUGAAAAUACUAAAGAAACCAAAACCAUUUAUCAUGCAGGUACUAAGGAUGGUGUUCAGGCUUUAAUCAAAGCUGUUGUCAUUACUAAAAGUAUUAAAAACGAAAUAUUGUGGGACAAAAUAACAAAAUUAUUUCCUAAUAAUUCUUUAGAUAAUCUAAAAAAGAAAUGGACAGCACGGCGAGUGAGAAUGGGUCAUAGCGGUUGGAGGGCGUAUGUGGAUAAGUGGAAAAAGGUGCUUGUUCUAGCCAUAAAAGGUGAAAGAAUUUCGUUGAAUGAUGUUGAAGAACUAGAUCUUAUUAAAUUGCUUGACAUUUGGACCUCAUUUGAUGAGAAAGAAAUUAAGAGGUCGCUCUAUCUUUAUAAGAACUAUGAAGAGAAUAGGAAAAGAUUCACUUUGGUCCGUGACGAUACAUUACCACAUUCUACCAAUGAUCUGGCCAUGUCUUCUAUGAUUCAAAGAGAGAUUUCUUCGUUAAAAAAAACUUACACUAAAAGGAUUUCCGGUUUUACGAAGGACUUAUCGAAAAGUCAAAGCGACGAUUAUAUCCGUACAGUGAUCCGGUCUAUAUUAAUAGAAAAUUCUUCGACUACUCGAAAUGAAAUAGAGGCGUUGAAGAAUGUUGGAAAGGAAUCAAUAGAUAAUGUCAUCAUGGAUAUGGCUAAGGAAAAGCAAAUUUACCUUCAUGGUUCAAAACUUGAAUGUACCGAUACUUUACCAGACAUUUUAGAAAGUAGAGGAAACUAUAAAGAUUUCGGAGUAGCUUUGCAGUAUAGAUGUAAGAUUAAUGAGUUAUUGGAGGCCGGAAACGCUAUUGUCAUUAAUCAAGAACCGUCCGACAUAUCCUCCUGGGUUCUGAUUGAUUUGAUUUCGGGCGAGCUAUUAAAUAUGGAUGUAAUUCCAAUGAUGAGGAACGUUCGGCCAUUAACUUAUACCUCAAGAAGAUUUGAAAUAAGAACAUUAACUCCACCUUUGAUUAUAUAUGCCAAAUCUCAGAGAAAGUGGAAUACACCAAAAAAUUCGGCUGUCAAGAUCCCACUUGGCAAACCAUUUUCGCGUUUAUGGGUGGAUGGAUCUGGUUCCAUUAGGUCAAACAUAUGGAAACAAGUAGUUACUAUGGUCGUUAAUGAGGUAAAAUUUCAUCCAGGGAUAACGUUAAGUAGACUGCAAUUUAGAUGCCAUGAAGUGCUUUCGCUCCAUGAAAUAUCGGAAAUAUGUAGAUGGCUCCUAGAAAGACAAGUAUUAAUGAAUACGGAUUUUAAUGGCUUCUGGGUUAACCAUAAUUGGUAUUCUAUAUUUGAGUUUACUUAA